AUGGGUAAGUUCGACGACAACGAGAGGAUAAUCCUCAACGUUGGGGGAACCAGGCACGAGACGUACAAGAACACGCUGAGGACACUGCCGGGGACUCGGCUGGCCCUUCUUGCCUCCGAUUCUGACAUCGAGUCCGUUUUGGAUCAGCUGCAACAAGUCCCCGGCUUCAUAGAGUACAACACGCGGAACAACGAAUACUUUUUUGACCGCCACCCAGGGGUAUUCGCUUAUGUCCUUAACUACUAUCGAACCGGGAAACUCCAUUGCCCAGCAGAUGUUUGUGGUCCGCUGUUCGAGGAAGAGCUGUCCUUCUGGGGAAUCGAUGAGACGGACGUGGAGCCAUGCUGCUGGAUGACCUAUCGCCAACACAGGGACGCGGAGGAGGCGCUCGACGUGUUCGACAUAAACGUUGACAAUGGAGACGACGACGAAGAGACGGGGAAAAGACUCGGAAUUGAGGAAGUGGUUGAUCCUAAUAUCAGCCGCUGGAAAAAGUGGCGACCUGUGAUUUGGAAUCUAUUUGAGGAUCCCUAUUCUUCCAGAGCGGCAAGGUUUGUGGCCUUUGCCUCCUUGUUCUUCAUCCUGGUCUCGAUCACCACCUUCUGCCUGGAGACCCAUGAGGCAUUCAACACCAUCACCAUCAUCAACAAGUCUGAGGCAGUGCUCAACGGCAGCCUGCCGGACCUGGGUCCUGAUUACAUUAUCGAGACGGACCCGGCUCUCACCUACGUGGAGGGUGUCUGCGUUCUUUGGUUCACCCUGGAGUUCAUGGUGCGUGUCAUCUUCAGCCCAGACAAGCUGGAGUUUGUCAAGAGCCUGCUCAACAUAAUCGACUUUGUGGCUAUCCUGCCGUUCUACCUGGAGGUAGGCUUGAGCGGACUGUCGUCUAAAGCAGCUAAGGACGUCUUGGGCUUCCUCAGAGUGGUAAGGUUUGUCAGGAUCCUGCGUAUCUUCAAGCUGACGCGACACUUCGUAGGGCUGCGGGUGCUGGGUCACACAUUGAAGGCUAGCACCAACGAGUUCCUCCUCCUCAUCAUCUUCCUCGCCCUAGGUGUGCUUAUCUUCGCCACCGCAAUCUACUAUGCCGAGCGCAUCGGCGCCAACCCCAACGACCCCACGGCCGGCGAACACACCAUGUUCAAGAACAUCCCCAUCGGCUUCUGGUGGGCCGUGGUCACCAUGACCACGCUGGGUUACGGUGACAUGUACCCGCAGACGUGGUCGGGCAUGCUGGUGGGCGCGCUGUGUGCCCUGGCGGGCGUGCUGACGAUAGCCAUGCCUGUGCCCGUCAUCGUCAAUAACUUUGGAAUGUACUACUCGCUGGCCAUGGCCAAGCAGAAGCUUCCCAAGAAGAGGAAGAGGCACAUCCCCCAGGUCGCACUGGGGGGAUCCCCAACCUGCCUCAAAGUAGACCUCAACACCACCUGCAACAGCCCCCAGGGGGACCUCUGCAACAUGCAGGGGAGCAGGGUGCUGGAGCGCAACCAAUCAGUGCUGUCAGGGGACGGCAGUGGAGGCAGUGAUCUCACCAUGUCCCCCAGCACAGAGGAGAGGGUCCCCAUGCGCAGGUCCAGCACCCCAGAGCAGGAGCGGAGGAGUGGGGGGACGUGCUUCCUGCUGGCUGCCAGUGACUACACCUGCCCUGCCGACGGUGGGGUCAGGAAGACAGGCUGUGAGAAAUCCCCAAGCUUAAGCAACAUAGCGGGCUUGGCUGGUAACGCCCUGAGGCUGACUCCAGUGACCUCACCCUACGAUUCACCGUGCCCGCUGAGGCGUUCCCGCUCCCCAAUACCAUCAGUCCUGUGA